AUGUGGAGUAUUCUGAGCAUCAAGAGAUCUACAUCUAGGAUGGAGUUGAUGUGCCUCAAUGCGGCUGAAUGUCCAAUAAACGUAUUUCCCGAGCAGCAAAGAAAUAUGCCUACCGAAAGCCUCAAUCCAGGAACUGUCCUCAUCGUGGGCGGCGGCCCUGUCGGCCUCAUCACGGCCACAACCCUAGCCAAGUACGGGGUGCGCAGUGUGAUUCUCGAGCGCAACCUGACGACAACCAAGUGGCCGAAGAUGGACCUCACGAAUUCUCGGUCGAUGGAAAUAUACCAGAGACUAGGGAUCGCAGACGCACUGCGCAAUGUCGCCGUGCCCUCACACUACCCGUUUACAUGUCUCUUUUCGAGCGGGCUGCAUGCCGACAAGGCGAUCACCGCAUGGGAUCUGCCGAGCCCUGACGAGUACCGGAGGAGGAUUAGAGAGCAGAAUGAUGGGAGUAUGCCGUCAGAACCGUGGUUGCGCGUUUCGCAGGAGAUCUUUGAGGCGUGGCUCAAGGAGCUUGGGAUGGAGAAUCCGCUUAUUGAUUUCCGUGCUGGGUGGAAGGUUAAAGGGGCGCGCGAACUUGACCAUGGGGUGGAAGUGGAAGCCAUUCACUCGGAUACGGGUGAAGUGUGGAAAGUCAGCGCGGACUUUGUGAUCGGAUGCGAUGGCGCCCACAGUGCUAUACGCAAGAGCCUGGAAAUCCCCUUGGACGGGGGCCCGAUUCAUGGCUACGCCGUACUCGUGCACUUCAAAUCAAGAGAUCUCUCGCGCAUCCAAAAGCAAGGCCAAUUCUGGCACUUGUUUUUCCCCAAUGCUGCGAGUGAUGGCGGGUCCAUCAAGGGGGCCGUCAUCGCACAGGACGAAGUCGACACCUGGACCGUUCAUCGUUUCAUGCGGCCCGACGUGGAUCAUACUCAGCUCUCGUCGGAGGAAAUCGUUUAUGACCUUCUAGGUGGGAUGGGUGGCCAGCCUUUUCCCAUCAGGAUUGACGAGGUGCUUGUUCGCUCGACGUGGACGCCGAGCGUUGCACUUGCGCGCUCUUACGCAGGGCCUAAGCACCGUAUAUUCAUCGCGGGAGAUGCAUGCCACCAGACCGUGCCAACGGGAGGCUACGGAAUGAAUACUGGUAUCGCUGACGGAUACGACAUAGGCUGGAAGUUGGCGGCUGUGAUACAAGGCUGGGCUGGACCUGCGACGCUUCUUUCCUAUGAGAAAGAGCGCCGGCCCGUCGGAGAAUUGGCUCUGCAGUGGUCAAAGGUACACAUGGGCAACUUGAUGAAGAUGUCGGCCGAACUGGGCCUCGACGCCCACAUGAUCGAGCUGAACAACGAGACCGGCGCUGAAUUGCGAGGAGCAAUGCACUCCUAUCUCCAAACACAUGAUGGCCAUAACCAAAGCAUCGGGGUGGAGAUGGGAUACCGCUAUGUUUCCAAUAUUUGUGUCCCUGGCGCUCUUGAUGCAGAGCUUUCCCCGCCAGAGUUUCAUCCUAGAAAGUACACACCAUGCACCAUGCCCGGCUACCGAGCCCCUCAUGUGUAUUUGACCACCGGAACGCCCGUGUCCCGUCUGUUCGGUGACGGUUUCACGCUCGUUGCGUUUCCGGAGGGUGAAGGACUGAACGCGUCGACUGAGCAGCUGAGAGAAGCGGCUCGGAAGAAAGCCUUGCCUCUCGAGGUUGUUGAGUUGCCAGGGGAAAUGCAUGCUCAUGAAGUCUGGGGGGCUUCUCUUGUUCUCGUUCGACCAGACGGCUUCGUUUCAUGGCAUGGUGACAGCGUCCGCAGUCAGGAAGAAGCUGAUCGAAUUAUAGCUCAGGCCAGUGGUUUUGAUUCUGAACAUUUGGGUAAUCAUGUACAAGCGCAAGAGAGAAGUGCCUUGUAA